AUGCCAGACGCGAGCACACGUGCGCACGUGGCGAGCGCUUCGGCGGUCUCGCUAAUCCCUACCGCCGAUCCCCAAGAAAAUGUCCAAACCUCAGCACCGGAGGACAGCGAAUACAGCAGCGACGAGCCCACAACCGCAGCGGCAAGACGAAGGAAGCGCAAGCAGCUUCGCAAAGAAGAGCGCAAGCAAGAGAAGCAAAGGCACGACUCCGCCCUUCCUACACCCAAACAUUCCGACACCGAGACAUCAAACAACCAACCCCGCAAACCUCCGAGCAAGCAAAGCCACAAGCCUGCCACCGAAACCUCCGACUCGACCGUAUCCAUACCACAAUCGCCCUCAAUGGCGAAACCCGCCGCGCAAACAGCAUAUCCCCUCCUAAUAGCCUCCAUCGGCAAUCCAGGCGCAACCUACGCCAAUACGCUCCACUCCGCCGGCCACAUCGUCACCUCCGCCCUCGCAGAAGCAAAACGCUAUGGUCCCUUUCAAAAAGGCAUGUCAGGCCUAAUUUCGAAACCUCCAGCCACACACAUGGCAUUCGGCUUGACCGGAUACCGGAGAGUAGCGACAGACAAAGACGCAAUGGACGACUGGACAUUCUGGCAAUCCACAUCAUUAAUGAACAUAAGCGGCAGCUCGGUAAAGAAGGCGUAUAGUGAGUGGUUGCGCGGUAUAAGGCAGGCUUCAGGGAGUGCCACGUUAGAGGGGAGAUUGGUCGUUGUGCAUGAUGAGCUUGAGUCUGCACUGGGAAAAGUUACAAUCCGAGACGGUGGCGCGAGCGCAAAGGGGCAUAAUGGUAUCAAGAGCUGUCAGGGGAGUCUUGGAGGCAUCAAGUGGUGGAGAGUGGGCGUUGGCAUAGGGAGGCCCGAGAGUAGGGAUCCGAAUGUGGUGAGCAAGUAUGUGUUGGGCAAGAUGACGUCCUACCAGCGGGCGCAGUUGGAGAAGACGACUAUACCAGUGUAUAAGGCAUUGGAAGAUAUCGCUGCGGGGAAGAAGUAA